AUGGGUUUGGAAUUUGGAGAGUUACCAAUUCGAAUAAGAAAAAUUGUGUAUUAUACUUUGUGCUCAUCAAAUCAAAGAUUUUGGGCAAAAUCUGUUUCUCAUGGUUUACCAAAUCUGUUUAGACGAACAGCACGAGCUUUUGUGCCAACGGUACCAGCACUGUUAAUGUUGAUUUGGUGUAUUAAAUGGUCUACUGCAGAAUACAGAAGAGCACUCAGAAAGAACCCAAAAUUAUACGAAAAUGAUACAUAA